UUUUACUCAAAGACAAGAGGGUUGAGUUUUCCAAGUUAGUCGUCAAUUUACUUUUAAAAAGAUCCUAGGUUUCCGUAACGCUGUCCCGCUGUUCCGCCGUCUCGUGGUAACAAUGUUCCCGUCACUUCACAUCAGCACUUCCGGUCUAUCCGAACGAACAGGAAGUCGCAUUCCCUUAGACCACCCCAAUACUAAUGCGCCGACGUUACGCAGCCCCUUACCUACGUCUACAGUACCGAGUGCCAGAACCAGUCUAACUAGUGUAUCCCUCAGUACAGUGGGCUCCAACGCCGUACAGCCCUUCCAGGGUAUCCCAUUCCCGUCACCAAUGGCAACAGCUGCACAUGGAAGUCUUGUCUCGCCAUUGCUCCAGUUCCCUGCUAUCUACCCGGGCCAGCCGGACUUGAGGCACUUCAGUCUGUCGCAGUAUCAAGCAGUUAACCAGGCAGCAUUUGCCAGUGAACUGUCGAAAAUGAAAUCACCUUUCAUCAACCGGAAUUAUCUGGAAUUGGCUAUGCUGGUGUGCAACACGUUCCGCGGUAAACUGUUUCCGUGCCCGCACUGUCGUUACGUGACCGACCGCCGUAACAACCUGAAACGCCACAUCUCGACGAUGCACCAGACGUGCGACAAGGUGCUCGAGUGUUGCGGGGUCCACUUCAACACGAAGGCCUCGCUCAGGGAGCACAUCAUGAUAUUCCACCACAACGGCUACUCAUGCGCCUACUGUGGGCGCAGAUUCUGCCGGAAGGCACUUCUGAAGCGCCACCUGUCCGUGCACAGCGGUCAAAAAGACUACACCUGUCCCCACUGCGAUUACGCCACGAGUCACAAGAGCAACUUGGAACGUCACAAGCGAAUUCACGACCGAUUCCGCAUCUCCGGUGAGGACGACGAUGAUGAUGACGUCAAACAUGAUGUCAUUAAUGACCCUUCGAGAUCGGAAAACGAUUUCAGCGGACUAGGCAGCCCAGUGCUUCCGCACACAAUUUCCAGUAGGAUGGCUUGCGACACGACUGAUGACGUCAUAGAGCAUCCGGACAUUUCCGAUGAUGACAGCGAAACUUGCCGAUCUGUGUACGGAGCGGACUCGACUGCUCCUAUGCCCGAGGACAUGCGGACAGUAAACAACAGUCGGCAGUGCUCCAUCACGAGUUUCUGUGCAGAUAAAAUGUGUGACAGCGACAAUGAAAUAGAUGUGUGUAGCACGGCACAUUAGCAGAUAACUCUUGCCGUGGACCUAGGGGGAGCCACUCGAGAAAACCAAAAACGUAACACCGGCACGAUAGUUAACUGAUAUAACAAUGGCGUUGCUGUACCCAGUUAAAAAUACCAGCAAACUGCACCAAGGCACAUAAGUAAUACAGGGUCUUCUCCAGCUGGACAAAAGGGACGUG